CUUUCUUUUCCUCAUGCCAGACUACUGAUUCUGGGAAUCGCCACCAUUCAAAUUCGGUACUCGCGAAACCGUAUUCCAGGAUGGGGUUUAGUUCCUGUACUUCCUCUCCCGCAAUUUUGCCAACAUCAGGUGCCUGUUGUGAUGAACACGAUGGCUAAAGAUAUGUAUACCAUCAGAACUGGUACCGGUGCUCGCAAGUAUCCAAAGUCCUGCCCGCUGUUCCCAAGAUGAUGUUUCAGCCACUCGAAAAUGGAAUCUAAAUUCUUCUCUGAUAUGUUGGAUUCGUUCAUCUAUCCAUCAUCUGGCAGUGUUGUGCGAGUUUUGGGGAUAUUCUUCAUAUAAGAUGGUAGCCUUUAUAUCAGAUUCAUUGGUAAGACUCUUUGCCUCCCAUAACUCGCCAAAUGGCUCCUUCACCCUUGGUCACACUCUUUUUCGUUGGUUGGGUUCACAUUCUGCUCUAUGGCUUCAAUGCUGUUCUGUACAUCGUGGGGAUGUACCUCCUUCGGCAACGAAAAUCUCGGGAAGGCACUACGUUUCUAGUCGUAUCCUCCUCUUUACUAUUCGCCCUGGCGACUGUCUCUGCCAUAGUCAGCACAUUGGUGGUAGUCGGGGGAUACCUCAGUAUACCUUUGCCUGGUACUAGUCCUACUUCAAUAAAUCUCCUCGCAUGCAGUAUCAUCGAAUUCAUACUUAUUCAUCUUGUCGAUUGGACUGCAUUCACCAUAUUGCUUUACCGUUGUUUCCAUAUCUGGGGCCGUCGUUUUCUUGUUAUCGUCGCCCCGGUGCUUUUUUUCCUUGGGGAAACCGUCGUUUACUACUCCGAACUACACCAGUAUAUUACGGUCCGGUUCGCAUUGGCAACUGGUACUCCGGACCAAAUUCGAGAUUUCAUGACAAAGACAUUCCCAUAUACGAUCACUACAGUGGUUCUGUCUGCCGUGUCCAACGCAUUGCCACCCUUUCUAAUUGCCGGUCGGAUGUGGACGAUGAAAACGCGCCUACAGGACAUCAUGCACGAGGGGAUUGAAGGUAGUUUACCGCAGAAAUACAACGCGAUUAUUGCUAUAACGUUGGAAUCGGGAAUGAUCAUUCCAACAUUUCUCAUCAUCUACGCUGUUUUCAAUGUCAUUAAUGCUAAGACUGGUGCCCAUGGCGAUGCUAUCAUUGUUUUAUCGACCAUGAUGCCUCAGAUCAUUGCCCUCGCCCCUCUGAUAAUCAUGAUUCGUGUUGCAUUGGGACUCACAGCGGAGCGCCACAACGUCGGAAAUCCAACUUCUCUAAGCUCAGUAUCCUUCAGAGCUCGAACUAGUCAAGGUUGUGAAUCGGUUCCGCAUGCAUUAAACGUUCAUCGAGACGUUGCGGUGUCAGUAUCUGUCACCUCGUCAUCGGACUUGGAAGAUCUGGAGCAAAACCCGGUUUCGAAAAGGCAAGCAAUAUAAGUGGUUUCCCUACGGGGACUGGCGCAUUUAAGUAGUCUUAAGCGUACGGCUGAGCGUGUAAUUAUUCAGUCUUUACCUCUACAUUGAUCAACCUCCCCUUC